UGUGUGUGUCUGUGUGUGUGUGUGUGUGUGUGCUGUACAAACACGGCAGCGUUUACCAUCAACGGAAAGCACGUGGCGGCGUUGUUGAAUGGCGUUAAUGCGCGCGUAAUUACGCACAGCGGCACGCUCGUUUGGGAUUCCACGGGCAUCGCGCUACUUGUAACCGCGUGCGCGCGCGUGUGUGUAUAUGUGUGUUUGGGGCGUGGCUUCUCUGCGUGAUUGAGGGAACAUUUUUCAUCUUCUUUUUUUUUAUUACCUCUUUACUUUUCUGGCGUUGCCCGUCCACUUCACAGCUGUCUGGGGGAAGUUGUGCGACACUCUGCCGGCGCCGCGGAUCUCCGGAUGCCGCUGAAGCUCUCCACAAACCCGCCGCACAGAGACGACAUUCUGGCUCAUUAAGGUGAGCAAAAACAUCGCCCGGUGACUUUCUGUUCUGUUUCGUGUGUCCAGGUCUGCAGCGGGCGUGACGGAUCCACGCGUUACACGCAGCCGCCGGCCGCAGCUUUCAGACAACUGUGACGCAAGAGCUGCCUUAAAGGGAAUUCCUUUCUUUCCAACAGAUGGCUGGUUCUGCAGCUCACACUUGUGGGAUAUUCCUAGAUUACAACAGAAAGACUUCUUUACUCCUCUGUGACUAGAAGCGAGCGCGUGUGCGUGUGCGCGACCGUCUUGUGUUAUGCUCAGCCUGCAGGUUUUAGUCCUUCAACACACUUUGCUGAGAUGAAUCCGAUCUACAUCGUGAUUGAAGUGGUAAUUGCUGUCCUCUCCAUAUCGGGCAACGUGCUGGUUUGCUGGGCCGUCGCGAUCAACACCACUCUGAAGAACGCCACCAACUACUUUCUGGUGUCUCUGGCUGUGGCUGAUAUUCUGGUGGGUUGCCUCGCCAUCCCCUUUGCCAUAACCAUCAGCAUCGGCAUACAUCUGGACUUCUACGGAUGCCUCUUCCUGGCCUGUUUUGUCUUGGUACUGACACAAAGCUCCAUCUUCAGCCUUCUUGCUAUUGCUAUUGACAGAUAUCUGGCCGUCAAAAUUCCUCUGAGGUACAAGGAGCUGAUGACGGGAAAGACCGCCAGAGAGAUCAUCGCCAUUCUAUGGAUCCUCUCCUUCGUCAUCGGGCUCAUCCCCUUCUUCGGCUGGAACUUGAAGUACAUGAGCUGUGGGAACGGCAGCUCCAGGGCCGACAACGCCACGAGCGCCGGCCUCGCGUUGGGGCCGAGGGCCGGCGGAGACUUGCAGAGCUGCAAGCCCAGGUGCUUCUUUGAGAGCGUGGUGGACAUGCAGUACAUGGUCUACUUUAACUUCUUCGUGUGCGUGCUGCCCCCGCUGCUCAUCAUGCUGGGCAUUUACCUGAAGAUCUUCACUGUGGCCCGGAAGCAGCUGAGACUGAUCGAGCUCAAGUGCGUGGGCAACGGGGACAGCCAUAACCACGGGCUGCUGCAGAAGGAGAUCCGGGCGGCCAAAUCCCUCUCCAUCAUCGUCGGACUGUUCGCCGUCUGCUGGCUGCCCGUCCACAUCCUCAACUGCCUCACGCUGUUCUACGAGGAGCUGCAGAAGCACGAGAUUGUCAUGUACGUCGCCAUCAUCCUGUCGCACGCCAACUCCGCGGUCAACCCCAUCAUCUACGCUUACCGCAUCCAGGACUUCAGGAACACCUUCCGCAAGAUCCUGACCCAGCACUUCCUGUGCCGCAGGGAGGAGCUGUACCUCAGCUCCAACGGCAGCAGACGCAACAGAGACCAGAUCCACAUGACCAUCGACCCUCUGCUAUAGAGGGAGUCGUGGCGGAGAGGUCUGUGUCAAGUUUCAUUUCCACUGAGGUUUCUAUGUUUACAGAACGAGGGUAAGAUGUGAAGAACCGAUGUCAAACGCGCCCUGAAUGUGGACAUUUAUUUAUGAAUCAGGGGUCAGGCAGUGUAACGUUGAAUGGAGAGUCUGACCCUUUGUAUUGUGAAGGUUUCUGACUUUUAAAAAACACGUUGAAGCUAACUGGAUUUGCAGGACUGUUAAAGGAUCCAAACCACAUUCUGAUGCUAUUUAUCUUUCUGAAUCCACCCGGUUUCAACUCCAAACACUCCUUUUGCCCCACUAUUUUAUAUCGUCAACAGUGUUUUAAUUAAUUUAUUUGAAGAUCAAAACAACUCUAUGUGGCUAGAAUUGUACUUGUGGCCCUACAGUGGUAGUAGUCGGUAGUUCUCUAUUAAUACUGUUUUAAUAGCAGGGAUCUGCUGCCAGUGUGGUCCCGCUGCUGCACAACGAGGACGGGCAUCGACAGCGGGAUCAAAAUCGACGGGGACCCUCAUACACACUCAAUUACAAGUGAGGGGGGAAGAUGCAAAACACAAGACUGAAAAGCUUUGCCUGUCCCAUGAAUCAUCUCCCAUCCCAAAAUGACCCCCUGUGGCUCAGAGCAUUGUUGUGGCGCCUAAAUAAACAGCACGAUCCGAUCGAGUCACGCAGACCCAGACAAAAGAAGCCGUUUAGCGAACCACACCUGCAGCGGAGCUCCAUAUCAUUUCCAUGUUGACAUUUCUGCAGACAAAAGCUCAGGAAGUGGGAAAACGAUGGUACCCUUUAUAGAAAUAUGGCAUCUGCACGGAUACAUUUUGCUUUUUUUGGCAAAUUUGAUACUUCAAAAUCAAUGCAAUUUAUGUUUUUCCCCCUCCUCACCCAAGCUGCUGGUACACAUGUAUUUCAUGGCUUACAUCGCAUAAAGCACCAUAACACCACCCCCUCUGACACAGCUGGGACCCCGAGGCUCUCAUCUGGUCCUCCAACAAGCUGCCGAGGUCACCGCCUGAGCUCAAAGAAGCGCUUUCCUUUGAGAAGACGCUCCUGUUGAAAGGAAGAAGCUUCCAACACGUUACACUAAGGACUCCAUUCGCUUUACUCUUUAGAAGAAUGUCCAGCUGAAGCCCAAAUAAAAUAAUACCAUUUUGAAUCGGGUAACAAUGAUGAAAUGUCCCCCCCGUGUCAAAUCUUAAAGCUGUGCUUUGUCUCUUUCUUUUUUCAUCGGCAUUAUUGUGAACGGUCCUGGUGAGCUUAUACAACGGAAUAAAUUGGCCCCACAUCUAACGAACUCCAAGGGCUAAACACAGGAGUGUGCCACAGCUUCAGUCCAUUCCAACGGAGACAUCUAUACUGUAACUGCGCUGUACUGUCGUGUCAAUGUCUUUGUUUAUUGAUGUGUACAAAUACAUACUGUAGGUGUCCAACUUUCUACAAGCUAUUGAUUGAUGUCAAACGAUUGCCUUCUUUUGUGAUUUGAAAAAGGUGAGCUGGACAAUGAGUUGACCUGGUGCAACAUUCCUGCCUUUCAUUCCGAAGCACCAUCAGUCUGUCAUAUGCUACAGUGUCGAGGAACCUUUCUGGAGGCCGUUCUGUCUAAAGUGCAACCGCGACCCGAUACUGCUAUUUAACAUGAUGCAAGCUGUAUGUAUGGUGACUUAUUUUGUUGAUAAAAGGCAAUGUUUAUAUUGUCA